AUGACGACUCAUGCAGCAGCCCCUCCGACUACAUCCUCGACUAACGGUGACGCGCGGGGACCUUUGAGCCACUCGGCAUCCGGAAAUAUGUCCACACCAGCACCGACGGUGAAUCGCAAGAAGCAGAAACGCCGACAAAAACAAGCGGCUCGCCUAGCUGCAGAACCCGACAUUCAUGGCCACGCUGACGCCGCGAAUCUGGCGGAUGACCGACAUUCUUACGAUGACAAUGGCGAUCGCGAGAGCCCCGACCUCAACCAUGCCCACCUGGACGAUCUGUAUAGGGACGGAGAGUCCGGCGGACCGAAUGAGAUGCUAGGCAGGUCGAUGUCGAAUGAUCCGCAUGAACCCCCAAAUACUCCCGGCUCCAAGUCAAAGAAAAAGAAAAAUAAGAAAGGUCGCUCGGGAUCGCAUACCCUCGCCGACGGCAGUUCGACUCCACUUUCUACACCCUCUGCUACCUUUUCCCAUCCUCCUCCGCUGCCGCACUCUUUACCUUAUGGCAGUCGUUAUCCUGCUCGGUCAUCAAAGGAGAGCAGUAUUUGGAACCAGUCAUCCCUGGAAGAACGCGAGAAUAUCCGAACUUUCUGGUUUGAACUGGGCGAGGAAGAACGCCGUCAGCUGGUCAAAGUGGAGAAAGAUGCUGUCUUGAAGAAAAUGAAAGAACAGCAAAAGCAUUCUUGCAGUUGUACUGUUUGUGGCCGAAAGCGAACCGCUAUCGAGGAAGAGCUUGAGGUACUGUACGAUGCAUACUAUGAAGAGCUUGAGCAGUACGCCAACAACAACAACCAGGGUUCCUUUGAUGAAGGUGCCCCAAUUAUUCCUCCACCCCGACUGUACCAACCUCCACUUCGAUCACCCGGUCAACAUACUCGCACCCAUGGCCAGUUCCACCCAUCAAGGGACCGUGUACAGGAAGUGGAACAUGAUGUAGAAGAAUAUGAGGAAGAGUAUGAUGAGGACGAAGACGAGGAAGAUGAUGAGAUGUACAGUGACGAGGAAUUCGAGGACGACGAAACGCGCGCUGCUCGUGCGGAUUUCUUUGCCUUUGGAAACAGUUUAACUGUGAAAGAUGGCAUUCUUACUGUGGCAGAUGAUCUUCUUAAAAACGAUGGGAAGCACUUUAUUGACAUGAUGGAGCAACUAGCCGAACGUCGAAUGCAACGAGAAGAAGAUACCCAGUACAACAUAGCUGCCGCUCAUCAGUCAUUCCAUGCUGGUCAUAAUCACGGCCCUCUUGAUGACGAUGAUUACGAUGAUGAAGAGGACGAGGACUAUGAUAGUCAGGAGGAGGAAGAGUUUGAUGAAGAUGAGAUGGAUGCUAUGACCGAAGAGCAACGGAUGCAGGAAGGGCGGCGAAUGUUCCAAAUCUUUGCAGCUCGGAUGUUUGAACAACGAGUCAUGACGGCAUACCGCGAGAAAGUCGCCGAACAGCGCCAGAAGCAGCUCAUUGAAGAAUUGUUGGAAGAGGAGAAUCGAACUGAGCAGCGCAAUGCUAAGAAGGCGCGAGAGGCUCAGAAAAAGAAAGACAAGAAACGACUACAGAAGCAGGCGAAGGAAGAAGAGAAGGCCCGUCGUGAGGCAGAAAAAGCGGCCGAGGAGGCUUCUUUGAAGGCCGCACAGGUGGAAGAGCAACGGCAGAAGCGUGAAGAGCUUCGCAAAAAGCGGGAGGCCGAACGGAAAGCUCUGGAGGAAGAGCGUGCCCGCAAAGACGCCGAGAAGCAACGACGUGCCAAAGAGGAGAGAGACCGGCAAGCCGUAGUGGAGCGCAAACAACGCGAGCAGAAGGAAGAGAAGAAGCGGCGUGAGGAAGCAAAGCGGUUAGAGAAAGAGGAACAAGACCGGAAGGCAAGAGAGGAGAAGCUCAAGAAGGACCGAGAGGCCUCUGCCAAAGCUGAACAAGAGCUCCGAGAACGCACUGGGAAAUUCCAUGCACCGGCAAAGCCUCAACCACCUCUUGUUCCCGCCGCGAUUGCUCCUAAUCUACAAACCCAGGCUGCCCCUGGCUCUUUCCAGUCGCCGCAUUAUACUGCUGCUACACCUGUGGCUCCAAAGGCUUCGACGCCUGGAAGGGCCCGACAAACCUCCCAGCAUGGCUCCCACACUUCAUCUCCUCAUUCGCAGUCUACAGGCUCGGAGUUCCCGUUUCAGCCGUCGAUAUCGCCGCGCUCCCUGGCGCAAUCGCAAGCAGGCCCGCCGGGAAUUAGUGUUCGGCCAACACACCAACAGCAGCCUCCUUUGCAUCACCCCCAACCCUCUGCACCAUUAUCCCCUCUGGGUCGAACCAAUCCGCCUGGCUUUCCGGGCCUGGGCAGUUUGCCUUCCAAUCCCCCAGGUCUCCCAGGUUUGGGUGGCCGACCUCUUCAUCCGCCUGACCUGCCAAUGUACUCGCCCAAUUCGACAAUGAUGAAUCCUCUUCGAGGCAUCGGUGGGCCUGGGGGAAUUCCGGCACCACCUGGGAUCAACGGGGUUCGUCCAAUGCACCCAGGUCGAGGAUUUCCUCCUGAGCCGGGCCACGCAAUGCCUUUCCCUGGGCCUCACGGAGUCCCUGGUGUCCCCGGUAUGUUCCCGAUGCAGCAAGGUGGUUUGUCGAAAACUCAUUCCAGACAAGCAUCUGGCUCUUUCGAUCGCUCUUCUUUGGAAACUGGCACACAGGCAUUCCCCAUCUCACGACCAAGCCCGAUCAAGCGACCGCCAAGCACUGCGCAGGAUCAACAAGGCAUGGGUCAUGCGUCUUCCCAGCGAGAUAUGGAUGACCUGAGUACCCAGUUAGGGAGUAGCGCUCUUCUCGAUGACACAGAUACCCCUUUCCCGUCGAAGUUGUCUCAGUCUCUACCUGGUGCACCAGCACCUGGACCUUAUGCAUCCCCGGCGCGAGCUAGCUUCCAAGGAUCAUCGUUGUUCACGGAGCCUUUGGGAGCUAAACACGCACCAUUUGCAGCUAGUACCGGUUGGGGUGCGCCGGCGCCUUUUGGAGGCUCUGCUUUCCCUGGUGCGUCUACCUGGGGAGCAACGACCGCUCUUUUAGGAACUGGGUGGUCUCAUAAUGCCUUUGCCGCCGGCGGGCACCAUCGUGUCCAUGCGUCUCGACCUGUCACCAUUCGUCUACUGGUGAUUCAGGCCUGCAAGCACCUCAACACGCUAAGUCCGGAGAUCGGCUCCGGGGGUUAUCACGAUGUGAAUCUUGUUCUCGGCCAAGUGGAACAGCUGCGCGCUUCGAACGAACCGGCAAUUUCUCUAGACGAGAUGCUGGAUAUUUGUGACACUGAGGGUAGCCCCCAGAACGGCGGUGGUUCUUUCUUUAUCAAAGAAGAUAAGAAGGGUCGGUACGUCAAGUUCGAGCCAGACACCAAUAGUGCAGUCACAGGCCACCGGGGCAGCAUUGUGCCUGGUGAUAUCGGGAGCCCUGUCCCUGGGAACAGUAACCCAGCUGUAUUUGGUGGUUUCGGCGCGCCAUCUGUGUUGCGUCAAUAUUCCUCGCCUCCAGCCGGGUUGUAUGGCGGAACUUCCUGA